AUGAGAACCCACCAUGAAAGCCCUCCUCCCAUUGCCAUCAUCGGCAUGGCGGCAAGGUUGCCUGGUGGGGUCAAUUCCAUUCCUUCCAUGUACCAAUUCUUGCGAGGAAAGAAAGACGGUCUGCGCGAAGUACCGGAGUCCAGAUUCAAUAUUGACGGCUUCCACAACGACGGAGACGUGGCGUAUUCGAUGAGGCAGCAGAAGGCAUACUUCCUCGAUGAUGAUAUUUCCAUGAUGGACGCCUCGUUCUUUGGUUCGUCCGACAUGGAGGCCGCUGGAUCCGACCCUCGCGCGAGGCUUCUGCUGGAGGUCGUCUAUGAGUGUCUGGAGAAUGCUGGAAAGACCACAUACCGGGGGGAAAGGAUGGGCUGUUAUAUCGGAGCGUGGGGGGUCGAUUGGUCGGAGCUCACGCUCAAGGAUGGUCAACAGCGGAAUCCAAUGAUCGGAGCUGCAGCAGGAAGUUUCUUCUUGUCCAGCUACAUCGCGUGGAACCUGGACCUGCAUGGCCCAACCAUGUCGAUCGAAACUGCCUGCUCCGCCUCAAUGGUAGCGCUGCAUGAAGCUUGUCAGGCCCUGUAUUCUGGCGAGUGUUCGUCGGCGAUCGUAGGCGGAGCGAACCUCAUCCUGACCCCUACGCUUCACAUGAGCCUCUCAUCCAGCGGAGUCUUGUCUCCUGAUGGAAUCUGCAAGACGUUUGACGCUUCAGCCGAUGGCUUUGGACGCGCAGAAGCUGUGAACGCCGUCUUGGUCAAACCACUAGACGCGGCUAUACGGGAUGGUGAUGCAGUUCGUGCAGUCAUUCGAGCAACAACAGUUAAUAACGACGGGCACACCUUGAUAUUGACGACCCCUUCGGCAGAGGCGCAGGAGGAGCUCAUUAGACAGGCAUACAAAAAGGCUGGAAUUGAGGACACCGACCAAACCGCCUAUUUCGAAUGUCAUGGAACGGGGACAAUGGCUGGCGAUACCGCGGAGAUGUCUGCAGUUUCAAAGGUCUUCCCUAAAGGAAUCCAUGUUGGAUCGGUUAGUAUUGAAAACCGUGGAAGGGAUGAAACUGACGAGGUCAGACGAAACCAAACUUUGGCCAUUCCGAAGGGACAUCCGGGCUCACCAGUCUUAUCAAAGCAGUCCUUUCCCUUCGAAAGCGCAAACCUCACAGUUCCCAAGGAGGAGCUGCCCUGGCCGGCAGAUCGUAAAGAGAGGAUCAGUGUCAACAACUUCGGUGUUGGAGGCACAAACGUGCAUGUCAUCCUUGAUUCCGCAUCCUCGCUUGGCUUGAAUAAUGCACGCAAUGGCCUCGCUACUAGUCUGUCGCAUCCGCGGCUGCUGGUAGUGUCCGCCAAUAGUGAGAAGUCGCUUGCGAGGCGAAUAGCAGACAUCGAGAUAUACGUCAAAGAAAACCCCAACAAUCUUGCAGAUCUGGCCUUUACCCUUGGGGAGCGACGGGAGCAUCUGGCACAGCGGGCGUUCCUUCUCGAGACGGAGGCCCGCGAGAGUGGCUCCUUCCAUGUCGGGACUGCGGACUGCAAAGCGACCCCGGAAGUUACAUUCGUCUUUACCGGACAAGGCGCACAGUGGCCAGCGAUGGGGAAAGCGCUGAUUGAGACUUUUGAGGGGUUCCGAAGAAGCAUUGAGCAGCUCGACCGCGCUCUCGAACACCUGGACCGGCCGCCCGCUUGGAGAUUGAAGGAUCUCCUUUCCAAGAACAGCGCCCCAGAUGAAUUCAACCGCGCCGAGCUUGCCCAGCCGUUAUGCUGUGCUGUUCAGAUCGGCCUCGUGAACCUCCUUGCAAGAUGGGGAAUUGCGCCGGCUUCCGUCAUCGGCCAUUCCAGCGGAGAGAUAGCUGCUGCCUAUGCUGCCGGGGCGAUCACGGCGGAAGACUCGAUAAUUAUUGCCUACCACAGAGGGAAGAUCUUGAACAAAGUGACUCGGAAAGGCGGAAUGGCGGCUGUGAGUUUGGGUCGUGAGCAAGUCACCCCCUACCUGGUCGACGGUGUUGUCAUCGCAUGCGAAAACAGCCAGCAUAGUGUGACACUAUCCGGCGAUUUCGACGAACUCAAUUGCAUCGUCGACAAUAUCAAAUCGGAUGAUCCCGAUGCCCUCUGCCGGAUACUUCGCGUCGAUAAAGCAUACCACUCCGCCCAUAUGCAGGAUGCCGGUGAGGACUACGAGGUGUCAUUGCAUGGACUAUCGGCAAACGACGAAUUAUCAAUGCUGCCCUUCUUCUCUUCUGUCACAGGGAAGAAAAUUACCGACCCUACCGAGCUGGGUGCAGGAUACUGGCGUCAGAACUUAGAGUCGCCCGUCCUCUUCUUAACGGCAACUCGCGCCAUAUUGGAGUCGGAGGAAGAGGAUACAAGGCGCGUCUUCUUGGAGAUCGGACCACACUCAGCCCUGUCUGGACCGCUGCGACAGAUCCUAUCGGAGCACCAGCGCGGCGAAUCGUGCUUCUAUGUCGCAUCGCUAGUACGAGGAGAGGAUCCGACCACAUCGGUACUCUACACGGCAGGGAACCUCUAUAAUUUAGGCGUACCGGUCAACCUUAGCGCGGUUAACGGCAAAGGCAGCCUCCUCGUAGAUCUACCCCCUUACCCCUGGCAGCACGAUACUAGGCACUGGGAUCAAACACCGGCAGUCGAGGCUUGGAGACUCCGCAAAUACCCUCACCAUGAGUUGCUGGGCUCGCGGGUGCUGGGCGCCACAGACAUCGAACCAUCAUGGCGGAACAACCUCGUGCUUGACGACGCUCCGUGGCUGUACGGACACCGGAUCAUGGGCAAGACUUUGUUUCCCGGUGCUGGAUACAUUGCCAUGGCUGGAGAGGCUAUCCAGCAACUCACCUCGAAGCCAAAUGUCAGUUACCAGAUCAGCCAUCUCCUGUUGAAAUACGCCCUCUUCCUCGAUACCAAUGAGUGCGUAGAGCUCAUCACCAACCUACGCCCAGUUCGGAUUUCGGAUAUCCAGGAUUCAGACUGGCACGAGUUCUCUAUUACCGCAGUUCAAGCUGGAGAGGCGAUCCGGCUCUGCGUGGGCCAAGUCCGGAUAGCGCCGCCAUCAGCUUCUUCCAGCAUGCCACUAGAGGAGAAAACCAAGCUCAAGAGGAGGGUGGCUUCCACCGCUUGGUACAAGGCCUUAAGAGAGGUAGGAAUGGAUUACAACCGAGAGUUCCGCGGGUUAGACGAUGUCUACGGCGAUCCAAUCCGGCACGAGGCCACGGCGACGGUCAAGACGACCAAGGUAUCUCCCAGUCGGUAUGUGAUGCACCCGACCACAAUCGAUCGGUGCCUCCAGGUAAUAUCAGUCGCCAUGUUCCAUGGCCUCGCCCGAAACAUCAACAUUCGCAGUCUUCCAGUGCUUUUUGAGGACAUAUUCAUCGGUCCGGAGGCAGAGGAACUGUGUGUCCAAGCCCAAGCAGACCUAGGCAACGGGAACUUCGUACUUGGAGACCUUGGUGCCUCGGCGGAUGAAGAAACGGUCCUCUCCAUCAAAGGCAUGAGACUCCACGUCCUUGGGGACGAUGGAUCGUUGCAACAAGACAGCGAGCUCGCAACCAGACCGGCCUGGAUGCCGCAUAUUGAUUUCUUGUCUCCCAAAGCCCUAGCGAAACCACCACCUCCGAUGACCCAGGACAGCGAGCUGCGAAACCGAGUUGUCGAUCUUUACAUACUGGAAUCUGCAAGACGAGCGAAGGAUGUGGAGCCUACAGAAGAGCACCUGCUGAAGUACAAGCGAUGGCUUAUGAUGAGCGAGAGCCGGAUCGCGAAGCAGAGCACUUGGCGUUUGUCUGACUAUGGGUAUGCACCGGACUGUCCAUUUGACUCGUCGAAUUCUCUCGAAUUGACAAACUGGUUGCGUGAUCAGGCGGAUCAGUUCCCUGUCAUUGCGCCCUUGCUGGCCUGCAUUCAACGACUUCUGGAUAAUAUUGUGGGCGUGCUUGACGGGACUAGUAACGCGCUGCACCUCCUGAUGGAAGACGAUGGCUUGAAGCAGGUCUAUGAUUUUGUCCUCUCCUUCGACUCUUGUCAGCAGUUCUUUGCCAUUCUAGGUCACUCAAAUCCUGAGCUCAACAUCCUUGAAGUCGGGGCUGGCACUGGUGGCGCAACGGCUCGCUUUCUAGAAUAUCUCCAUGCACCGGAUGGGAGUCGAAUGUAUGCGAGGUAUACAUUCACUGAUGUAUCUGCCGGGUUCCUGGCAGCAGCUAAGGAGCGCUUUUCCAAGUUCGAUGCCAUGGAAUACGCUGUGCUCAAUAUUAACGAGGAUCCCGCACAGCAGGGGUAUAAGCUAGGAACUUACGAUCUGAUUAUAGCUUCCAACGUCGUUCACGCCACACCUAGUCUCAAACGCUCCCUGGCCAACCUCAAAUCCCUCCUCGCCCCUGGUGGCCGUUUGUUCCUUCAGGAGAUAGGUGAAGAAUUUGCGAUAGCCGAGUACAUAUUCGGUUUACUGCCCGGCUGGUGGGUUGGGGAGAACGACCAGCGAGUGGAUAAACCUUACGUGCCGGUUGAUCGUUGGAGGCAGGAGCUGACAGCAGUGGGAUUCGACGGCAUCGACUUUGCCAUCCACGAGGAGAGUCAGAUGGUUAACCUAGUAUCGACCUGUCCAUUGCCACCCUCGGAAGAUCAGACAGUCAACUUGCUUGUCCAGGAGCCGCAUUGCCCAUGGGUAGUGGACGUCGAAAGGUACUUCUCCGACAAGGGGUAUCAGGUCAACAUGUGCUCUCUCGGUCGCCCGCCACAGGCUGAAGGGAUCGUAAUCUCACUUCUCGACGCAACAGAGCCUUUUCUUUUCAAUGUGACGGAAGACACAUUCCAGCAGUUGAAGGACUUCCUACUUAGCCCUCUAGUUAAGCAUGUCCUGUGGGUUACCAGAAUGUCUCAAAUCACAUCCGGCGAUCCUCGCUACGGCCUGAUUCACGGGUUUUUGCGAGCCUUGCAUGCCGAAUCUCAUUCCGAGGGCAAGUUUCUCUCGAUGUUUGACAUUGACGACAUUGACGGGAAUUCUGUCUCUCAUCUUCUGAAAGUCCACGACCAUUGGCGCCGGAAUUGCUCGACUGAGGAGGACUCGAGGAGGGACGAAUAUGCCCUCGUCGAUGGAGUAGUCCACGUCAGUAGGUAUGAGGCUACCGAUACGGAGACCGAGCUUCAGAGACCUGCGAAGGAUAUUGUUCCAAGACGGCUAGGUAUUGAAUCCACGGGUCUUAUAGACUCGAUGUUCUGGAGGGAAGACAACCCGGCUGCCCCUGGUAAGGAUGAAGACAUUAUUACCGCCCUAGGCCUCAUCGCAUCUCCUGAGCAGCUCGGUCUCGAAGGCAGUGGAGUCAUCGACUCGGUCGGCCCUGGAGUGUCCAAGCUUCGCAAAGGAGAUCGAGUAAUUUUCCUGGGCCCAGGCUGCUUCGCAACACAUGUUACUGUCCCCGCUGCAAAGGUUAUUCCACUGCCUGCAGAGUGGUCGUUGGAGGAAGGGGCAACGUCGCCAAUCGUCUCACUAACAGCAGCUGUAUGCCUCCUAAGGCUUGGGAAUCUUCGCCGAGGACAGUCUGUUUUAAUCCACGCAGCGGCUGGAGGCGUCGGUAUCGCGGCCAUCAGAAUUUGCAAAGGGGUUGGCGCAAAGAUAUAUGCGACGGUCGGCAAUGAUGAGAAAGCACAGUACUUGGUCGACACCUUCGGUAUUAGACGGUCGCAUAUCUUCCAUUCGCGCGACUCAUCAUUCUACGCCGACCUCAUGCGCGAGACCGACGGCCGCGGAGCAGACAUUGUCCUCAGCUCCUUGAGCGGCGAAUUGCUCCGGACAUCGUGGAAGUGCGUCGCACCUGGCGGAACAAUGUUCGACAUUAGUAGACGUGAUGUGCUUGCAGACGCGAUGCUCCCGAUGAAGCACUUUGUCGGUCGGAGGUCGUUUGUCACCGUUGACCUAGGAGAGUACAUGGACGAGGCAACACUGGAUAGCUCGGCUGAGUUCUCCGAUUCAGUUAAAAAAGGACUUGUUGGUGCUGUAUCGCCGGUAUCCUGCUUUGCGGCCGCCGACGUCGCCGACGCCUUCCGGUAUAUGCAGAUAGGUCAGCAUAUGGGCAAAAUCCUGGUCCGAAUGCCGGAUGAUUUGAGUGAGCUUCCCACCAAAGAUACUCGCGCUCAGGUUAGCUUUUCUCCCGACAAUGCGUAUCUCCUGUGCGGUGGGCUGGGUGGACUGGGCCGCGCUCUCUCCAACUGGAUGGUUGAGAGGGGCGCCCGCUGUCUGUUGUAUCUCUCACCGAGUGCAGGUGAAGGCGAGGACCAUCAAGCAUUUGCAGAGGAACUUAAGUGUCAGGGUUGCCGGGUGGUAUAUGUCAAGGGCACCGCGUCGGAGACUCAUGAUGUGCAGAGGACUAUAUCCCAGAGCCCCAAGCCGGUCAAGGGAGUCGUUCAACUGGCCCUAGCUCUGAGGGAUACAAGUCUAGAACGUAUGACCUUUGAAGACUGGACAGUCCCACUGGCAGCCAAAGCCCACGGCACCUGGAACCUACACCAGGCUUUCCAAGACACACCCCUCGACUUCUUCCUCAUGUUUGGCUCCAUCGCAGGCGUCACUGGCAUGGCCGGGCAGUGCAACUACUCCGCCGCCAACAGCUUCAUCCACGCCCUAGCCAGACACCGCCACUCCCUCGGCCAGCCCGCGUCCGUCCUUGACCUAGGCCCGGUCGCAGACAUCGGCUAUGUCAGCCGCAGCCCUGAGAUAGUCAAAAACUUCAGCGGCCGCUUCGAGUGGCGCUUUACCAAGGAGCAGGAAGUCCUCGACGCCGUCGAGGCCCUGAUCUAUCACUCGUCCAAGUCCAAGGCCAAAUCCAAAUCCACCGAGGACAAUGGCAGCCGCUACGACCUCCAUCAUAUAGUCUUUGGCCUCGUCUCAGUAGCCCCCUGGGCCCAUCGAACCGGCGAUACCCGCAUGUCCAUCCUCUCCAACAGAGCCCAGCGCAUGCAAGAUAGCUCCGGCGAAGCCGACGACAUCGUGGACUUUGUUGCGCAGGUCGAGGCAGAUCCGGAGAUGCUGAACCGCCCCUCAACCGAGGAGUUCCUCAUCAGGAAAGCCGGAUACAUGAUCAAGUCACCGGCCAAGGCGAAGGGAGGGAAGAGCGACGUUGCCGGGAAACAGGACCUCAAAGCGAUGGGGAAUAUCCCCAUCGACUCGCUCAUUGCGAUCGAGGCGCGGGCUUGGGCGAGGAAACGACUCGGGGUCCAGAUCCCUCUGUCUGAGAUCACGGCGGCUGGUAAUGUGAAGGGCCUGGUUGGGUUGGCGAUUCAGGAGAUGAAGAAGAGACAUUCGGUUACUUGA